GUUCUGCCACCUUAGCGAAGUAAAAUUUGUGAGACAACACACAACAACACUACAACAGAACAGAGAACAACAAUAAUUCAUAGAAUUAGGUGUGUCUAUUCACCUAUAUUUGUUGUAAUUUUUAUGUUAUAAUUUAAUACUUUAAAAAAUGACAAGUGAUCCUAAGCUCAACAACUACCCCAAAGCCUCAAAUGGACUUGUUUAUGGAGGAAUCCUUGUCUAUGUUGGAGGUCUUUUCCUACUGGUUUCAUUUGCGAGCCCUUAUUGGGUGGAGUCAUUUGAGAAGACUUUCAUUGAGUUCAAGAACAUGGGACUCUGGGAAUACUGUUUCGAGCACAUGAGAUUUCCUAACCAUCAAUUGGAUCAAUUGUUCGAUGGAUGUCAUUUCAUUUACAGUCACAAGUACCAUGUGAUCAGAGAGUGGCUUCUCCCAGGCUGGCUUCUCGCUGUGCAGAUGUUUGUGACUCUGGCCUUCCUACUGUCGUUCGGCUCCCAAGUGAUAAUCGCCCUUGUAGUUGUGAGAUAUCCGCUCAACUUCAUCCUCGACUAUGAGUGGCUACUAACCAUUAUUGUAGCUGUCUGCAACGCAGUUGCUUCGUUUCUGCUGUUCAUCUCAACCCUUCUGUUCUUCUCGCAAUCGUCGCGCCGUGAUUGGCUGAUGUACCCCAACUUCAACCAUCUGUCUUGGUCGUUCUACUUUGCCGUCAUCUCGUUUUUCAUCCACGCUGUUGCUUCGAAAGUCCUCUACAAGGACGCCCGAAGAGCUUAUGAAAUGAAACAGGAGAACAAGAAUCUACUCAUGCAGAUGCAGCCUCCACAUGGAACUAAUGGUUACGUCUAAUGUUCCAUAUAUUACAUUUAUCAUAAGUCAUAAAGACAUUCUUUCAUUCGUAUAACAUCCAACAUCUUUUCAUAUUUUUUAAGAACACUACUUAAUGGCAGAGCUAUGUUUAUUGUUCAAUAAACACUUAACAAUACUUUACUUACUGUUACUUGAUGUAGCAUAUUUGGACAAAGUUUAUCACGAUUCUAAUCUUUCGAAUUUUCAUAAUUUUAAAUUUUAUUAUCGCUAACCUUUUCAUUUCAAUAUCAAUAGUAUAGUGUACUACUUGAUAAUAAAUACACUAAUUAGUCUACUGACAAAACAAUGUUUAUUGUUUAAAAAAACAUAAUAUUUGGUUCAUUCACUAGUAAAAGGUCGUCUGUCAAUACACCGUUGCAAUUACAACGUUUAUCUUGUGACUGAAUUAUCUAUAAUAAGUUUAUCUCAAUUUAAAUCUGUCGAAUCUCAAUAAUUGUUAUUUUCAUAUCACUCAUUUAUAUCCUUCUCAUUUUUGCAUCAAUAGUAUAGUUUCAUACUAAGUACUUUAUACACUCUUCUUUCCAGAGCUACUGAUUUUAUUGAAACACACAAUAAAAAAACAAGUUUCCUUUAUCAUAAAAGGUAAAUGAAAUAAAGGUUACUUGAUGGGUUUUUAUUGUGUGGUUCACGCUCUUUAUUAUAAUAUGUACAAAACAAGGCACCUGUGUUUAAUAUAUAGUUUAAGUUAUUUUAUUAAUAUUGUUCUUUUUUAUAUUAACUACUUUAUGCAGGCCUAACUUCAAGAUUCAACUGAAUUCAGUUUGUUUAUAUUCAUAAAUCACUUCAACCAACAGACCAUUGUCAAAAAAUGAAAUAUUUCACUCAAACUCUCAUUAUAACUUGCUCAUUUUUGUCAUAAAAUCAUUCCAUUUAAAAAUGAUCAUUCCUAAUUUAAAGCAUUAAUAGAAGACUACUUGUUAAAAGACAUAUCCAUUAAUGUUGUGACUUCAACGCACUCUUAGGAUGCCUUCAAUGUUAUUACGUCAGGCUAUAGGCCUAUUUAUUAACAAUAAAUAAUAUUAAACUGAUUGUUGGGGAUAUAUACAGUAUAUUUAUCAAUAGUAAUAUUAUCAAAUUUAUUCUUGGGAAGAUUUGUUUAGAUGACGAUUUCAGUGAAGUUUCUCAAAACUUUUUUUUUGCUUUUGCUUGAGUUUUAGCUGUAUUCCAAUAAUAUCAACUGAGAUAAUUUCAAUAUAAAUAAUGUUGUUAUUUUGUAUAUCGAAUCAACAAAUGAAUCAUGAAUAAUUUUAUUAUUAUGAAAAUUUGAAUAUUUCUUUUUGGAAUAAUGUUUUUCUUGUCUAAAUGCACUAAUAUAUAAAAUUAUUCAAAUGCUGAAUUAUUAAGGUUCAAAUUCAUUUAUUUUGCCAUAAAAUAAUACAGAUUGAUAAAAUAAAUAUUCUAAGUUACAAAAUGGCACUUCCGGCAAAGAAAAACUUGUGCGCCGGCAGUUUAAACAUUUAUUUCUAUAAAUUAUUUUCCUUUACCACAAAUUAUGUUUCUAUUUUAUCUAAAAAUUUUCACCAUUUUGUAAGUGAUUUCAUAACAGGAUUUUCCAUUAUUAUUAUUAUGGAUCCUGUUGAUAAAGUGUCGUUUUAUAAUUAUAUUUUACAAUAAUGAUAGUAUCAAUCCACAUGAGAUAUUAUUUUAUUACUUGUUUUUAUACAAUAUUUUUCCAACACAUUGAGAUAUUUUUAUAGUAUUUUUGAGCUACCCUUUAUUUCAGAAUAACUACUCGCUAUUUAUUAUUAAGUACAGGUUAUUUCAUUCAUCCCGACAAAGUUUAAUAAAGGCCUAUGUUUAUUUUUCGAUUCUAUAUUAUUUGUAAGUUUAUUGCUGUUAUACAAACCGAAGAUGAAAAGAAGUUUGAUGUGAUGUUUUAAUGCUUAAUUGGAUCUAUAACAGUUUAUCAUAUAGAUAACUAAUUAGUGUGUUUUAUUUAGAAAUUAGUAUUUGAAUUUUCACUUGUCAUACAGUAUAUAAAAUCAAAUUAUAUUAUAUAUUUUAGUGAGUUGUUGAAUAGUGAAGGUAUAAUGUCUAUCAUUGACAGAAAUGCAUAUUUAUACAAAAUAAUAAGCCUGCAAAUACUCUAUUCAAAUUUUUGUGCAAUUUACAAAAUUACCAGCUAUAAAAGUAUUAUGAAUAAUACAUUAUUGUUACUACUUCAAGAUACUUUAAUUUCCUCAUCACAAAUUAAUAACUAUACAUGCAAGUUAAUUAUACAUGAAUAUUAUUGAAAUCUAAGAUUUUAUCAAUUUACAUUUCAAAAGCAGAAAUUUUAAUGUCAAAUAAUAUUCUAUUAUGGAUUUUAAUCGUAUAUUAUCAUUUUAUCUCUCUCAAACAUUAACAUUUAUUUCUAGUAUUAACAUUUUUUAUACAGUAUUAUUUUUAUUUGUUUGUAAUAUUUCUAUACUUGAACAACGCCAUUGUGUACAUUGGUCAAAGCCAUCUGUGUAUAAAAUUUUAUAGAUUGUUGUACUGUACUUAGUAAGCUUCUACAAGAUUUGUAAUUUAUUAUUUGUAACAAAUUUAUCAAAUUUUUAACUGUUGCUUGUAGACAAAAAUUUGACAAUCGAUUUGUUACACUAGAAUAAUAUUAAUUACUGUAAUACUCAAGUAAUUUAGUAUAAUUGAAAUCUUGUAUGCUUCACAACGCCUAAGCAUAUAAAUAUAUACGUGCCUUUUGCAGGCUUUAAGAUUAUUGUAUUUUGAUUAGAUUUUAUACAAUAAAGUAUUUAAUUAUCCAA